AUGGACUUCAAGGCCAUCCACAAAGGCUACGAGUGCCAGAUCUCCAACGGAUGCGGGUCGGUCACGUGCUCUAAACCAUACUGUCUGAGUAAUCCAAGAGGAUACCAGUCGAGAAACGGACGCUUCACAAAGGCAGCAGCACGCCAACAUGCCAGUAAUCUGGUCAUGCUGCGAGGAGAGGACGGACUAUGUGUUUCCCUUGAUCAGCUCAAGUCAUGUGAUCAAACAAGAGAGGAGGACGAAGAGUCAAACAACGUGGACGAUGACAAUGGCACCGACACCACCAAACAAGAGCAUCCGACAAAGUCACGAGCAUCUGUCAGCCAACAACACGAGUCGGUAUCACUAUCACAGAGCCCAGCCGAUCCCAAUGCAUCACGUGACUACCCCAAGACGACGCUGUCGCACUCCAUGCUCAAGACCACUGUAUACAAUGUUCUUCCGAGCUUUGAGGAUGGCUCUUGGAGUGUCAUUCUGGACGCCAAAGACGAAUCUACAGGAGACAGGGCCAUCGACAAGGCACUUGAUGAGACCGCACCUCCUGGCACCCAUGAUACAACUCUUCAGAGCAUGACUACACCUACCAACUUUCUCAUUCAUCUCCUGAAGAACCCAGGUUGCAGAGAUAAUCACACGGCGGCUUUACCUUCGCGCAAACCCGUGUUUCCGCUGAAUCACUAUCUCUUUGCAUUCCACUCUCGAGUCCAGUUUCUCUAUGGGCUCCAGUUCAUGGGAGAUGCGGUGUAUCACGAACGUGAACAGCUUUGGGGGGAUAUUGCACAAGAUGUAGUCAAUGACGUGGUUGGGUUUGUCAAGUCGGGAAACGUCGAGUCUGCCAAGAUGGCGCUUGUUGGUAGCUUGCUAGGGGGUAGUGGUUUUGAGGUAGAUGAAGUGGACACUGCGAUGUGUGACAAAGGUAAGGGUGCUGAAGAGGCCAAGGAAAAGCUGAACGCUGAUUCACACCCCGUUCUCAUUACUCGGCAUAAUCCUAGCGUUUCUGUGGCCCGGGUUCCCAAUCUCCACAAGGUGAAGCAAUAUGUAGGUCUUAUCAACACUCCCUUGACCUCAAGCUUCUCUUCAAUCUCUUCCGAUUACGACUCUCCCAUCGUUCCCCGCCAUUCGAGCGAUCUAUACCAGAUUGUCCAGAAUCGAGCCGGUGUGUCACAUGACCAAUCUCGAUUAUACAGCUUCCGACGCAUGUACAGUCUAUACAACGGGCCGGAGAAUCUCGUCCGACGUUCGGUGUACCUAGGGAUUGCCAUGGUGGAUUAUCCCAAACCAACGUGUUUCUGCAUCCACAUUUCGCGGACUCGUGAUGAAGACAUUCUAGAGCAGCUGUUGGAGUACAUUAAUCAGCAGCUGAUGACCUCCCGAAACUUGCAACUCCCUCUGAAGGUUGAGUUCUCGGAUGGAGAGGUUGCCCUAGAUCUUGGAGGUGUUCAGCUGGAGCUUUUUGACCACAUUGGACGUCUCCUUGUGGGCCUGGAGUCCCCCUACUUCCAACAUGACGAUAAUGGAGUUGUUUGGCCGCGUGACAACCCCGACGUUUCGCGUGAAAAGUGGGUUUGCAUUGGAGUUGUGGUGGGUCUGGCACUGUUUAAUGGCUGUCCGCUGUCGUUUGAUAUGCCUCUCUCGUUUUACCGCAACUUGCAGGAGUUUUGGGGAUCCCCCUGUCGUGUGACUGAGGAGGACUACGAGCAACAGGACCCAGUGGCAUACAGUUCAUUGGUGAGCUUGCGAAAUUUACCCAAAGCUGAACUUGCCGGAUUGGGAUUGGCAUUGAACGACGGUUCCCCGGUCUCGACCCUGGAGGAUGUGAACAAGUACAUCUCCGAGUAUAUCAACAGUCCCUACACUUCUGUCCGGCUCGACAACAUUAUGAAUAUGGUUGCUUUCGGAUUCCAGAUGGUUUACCCUGCGGAAUUGGCUCGAAAGAUGCCCACAAAGGACCUAAAGCGUCUCGUUGAGGGAUCCAUUCUUGCUGAUGACUCCCACAUCGACGUGGAGCCUCUACUAGAGCAGUUCGCCUACGAGGGAGGGUACUCCGAGUCUUCUCCUCAAGUCAAGUGGCUGAAGGAGUAUCUUAGAGGCCUUUCUGUGCACCAGCUCAAGCUCUUUUUGCAUUUCACCACGGGCUCCGAGCGUGUGUCUAUUGGAAGUAAGCAGGGACAGAGGGUCGUCAAGAUCACUGUUCAGUUGAAUGGAACCAAUGUCAACUGUCUCCCCUCUGCUUCCACUUGUUUUUGCAUUCUCUUCUUGCCAAAGUACGAGACCAAGGAGGUGUUGGUCAGGUACAUGGACAAGGCCAUGGAGCACAGUGUUGGUUUUGGACUCAUGUAG